AUGGCAUUAGAUCUAUAUAAAGUCAAAGAUGUAUAUUUCAACAAACUAUACCAACCUAGACAGAAUGCAUCAGAACAAAUCAAACCAAAAGUAUUAUUAUUAGACAAAAUUACAACAACUAUUAUAUCCAUGUCAUAUACUCAAUCACAGUUGUUGUCAAAUGAUAUAAUAUUAAUUGAAUUAAUUGAGAAUUAUAAAACAUUAUCAGUAAUGAAACAUUUAAAUUGUAUUGUUUUUGUUAGUAUCAAAUCAUUAUCAUCAUUAAUUUCAGAAUUGAAGUCACCACAUUUUGGUUCCUACGAAAUAUAUUUCAACAAUUCAAUAAACAAGAAUCAAAUCGAAAAAAUUGCAGAAAGUGACGAAUAUGAGAUCGUUGAUAAAUUGAUAGAAAUAUUUCAGGAUUAUUUGAUAUUAAACUCUCAUUUGUAUCAAAUUCAACACGAACCAGGGGCAAUUAAUCCAUAUCUUGAAGAUGGUUCAAAGUUGACUAGUUUAUUAUUAAGUUUAAAGAAAAACCCAAUAAUCAAAUAUGAAUCAAAUUCAAAUGAUAUUAAACGAUUAAGCUCGGAGAUAUUAUACAAUAUAAAUUCAAAUUCCAAUAAUAAUUUAUUUGAUGAUUUGAAUAUUCAUAAUGAUGUACCUCCAAUUUUAUUAUUAUUAGAUCGUAAAAAUGAUCCAAUUACUCCAUUAAUUACACCAUGGACUUAUCAAUCAAUGAUUCAUGAGUUUUGUAAAAUAGAGAAAAAUCUAGUUAAUAUUGAAAAUCAACAAAUUAUAUUAACUGAUUCAAAUGAUCAAUUUUAUAAAGAAUCAAUGUAUUUAAAUUAUGGUGAUUUAACAGACAAGUUUCAAAAAUAUGUUGAAAAAUAUAAAUCUGAAACUAAUCAAUCUCAAAUUACAAAAACUUCAAAUUUGAAUGAAUUGAAGAAGAUAUUGAUGAAAUUUCCAGAGUUUAAGAAAUUUUCAACUAAUAUUUUAAACCAUUUGAAUAUCAUAUCCGAAAUAGAUAAACAAAUAUCAUUACAGAAAUUAUGGGAUCUCGGUGAAUUACAACAGACAAUUGUCUGUGACUUGGAUUCACAACAGAAUAUUAAAGAAAGAAUAAUUACCGUAUUGAAAGAUCUGAAAAUAUCCACCACCAAUAAAGUCAAGAUUCUACUCCUUUAUUCGAUUAGAUUCAACUUUGAUCAAUCAUUCUUAUCCAUUCUUAAUGAUCCAUUAUGUUCUGAUCCAUUACCAAGUGAAGAACAAGUAAACUUAUUAUCUAAAUUUAAAUCAUUAUUCAAUUUGACUAAUUUGACAAACAUACAAAAACAACAACAACAACAGGGCCUAACCAAUAUCUUUGCAAAUAAGAAUAUCAAUAUAUCAAACUUAUUUAAAAAUCAUCAAAACGAAAAUGAUAAUAUUUAUUUACAAUAUACUCCUCGAUUGAAUGAAAUUAUAAACAAAUUGAUAGAUCCAAAUUUAGAAUCUUCAGUUAAAUUAAACACUUUAAUUCCAGACAAAGUGAAACAAAAAUAUGGUACAACCACAGAAAAAGUUCAAGAUAUAAUUAUAUACAUGAAUGGAGGAUUAACAUACGAAGAAUCAAGAUUAAUUCAUGAAAUAUCAGAAAAUAAUAAGAAGAUAAAUUUGAUUAUUGGAUCUGAUGAGAUGCUAAAUAGUGAAACAUGGUUAAAUAAAUUAUACAAUCUCACAAAAGACAAACAAACAGAACCAGAAAGAACUCAAUUUAGGGAUUUAUUAUAA